CUUUGGGACUUGAUCACAGUCCAAAACGUGCCUUUUAGAUGAUAGCGACUACAUGUAAUCAACGUAUCUUUUUCGAGAAGCUACCAAUUCUUUCCCUUUGCGAUCUACUGCAAAAUAUUAGCCAGAGAGCCGCCUUUUGAUUCAAAGACACUAGCAGAACCUUUAACAUUAGUAAUUUCUCAGGAUGUCUGAAGAGGAACUGGGCCGGAAGUGGGAUCGAUGCCUCGCUAAUUGUGCCGUCAAACUUGUCGCUGGGCUUGGAAUCGGAGUAGUUCUCUCAGCCACGCUCUUCAAACGACGCACGUGGCCGGUCGCUUUUGGGUCAGGGAUGGGGUUCGGCAUGGCUUAUGCCGACUGCCAGCACGACUUCAGGUCACCAAGCCUGCUGCAUGGACACGUGGUUAAGGAGCAGUAGAACAGUUCCAGCGAGGGACCCUAGGAGGCGCUGUCUGUUCGUUUUUUUUUGUAUGUGUGUCAUUUGUUCAUUUGCACAGUGGUUCAGUUCGUUCUGUCCGCGCCGCCUGUCAGUGGGCUGUUCUUCUCCGGCUGGCCCACAGCUUUACUGUGGGUCCAAGCAGAACAGCUGGUGUUUAUGGAAUAAAACA